AUGAAGGCAGAGAAGGAGACUCCUUCAAAAGCCAAAAUAAUUUCCCAAAUUUUAUUGUUCAUGUCUCUUGGUUUCUUCAAUUCAGGUGAGGUGCUGGCAGUGAAUAUGACUAUCCCCAACACUCUCAUCAGAGGUACAGUAGGAGGGGAGGCCCUUCUGUCUGUCCGCUACAGUAGUGUCAGCCUUGACCUGCCGGUCAUCAAGUGGCAGCUCCAGAGGGAAAAGUCUGUCACUGUUGUCCAGUCGAUUGGAACUGACAUCAUUGGGACCCUGAGGCCUGAGUAUCGUGACCGCAUCCUGGUAUUUGAGAAUGGGACUCUGCUUCUCCACAACCUCAGAUUCUCUGAUGACGGAACCUAUGACGUGGAGAUAUCCAUCACAGAUGAUACCUUUACAGGAGAGGGCAGCAUCACACUCACCGUGGAUGAACCUAUAUCCAGGCCCUAUAUCCACAUGGAGGCCUCAUCAGUACUGGAGCUCAGCGAAAACGUCAUCCUCAACUGCUCCCAUGACAAUGGAACUAGGACUACAUACAGGUGGUUCAAAGGUGGAAAGCCACAGACCAAUGAGACAAGAUUUGUCUUGUCACCCGACCAGAAGCUCUUGACCAUCACACGUGUGUUGAGGGCAGAUGAUGACAUCUACAGUUGCACAGUGGAGAAUCCUGUGGGCAAUAUGACAAGCCUGCCUAUCAGACUGACUGUCUACAGAAGAAGUUCCCUCUAUAUCAUUCUUUCCACUGGAGGCAUCUUCCUCCUCAUCACCUUGGUAACAGUAUGUGCCUGCUGGACACCUUCCAAAAAGCCAAGACAUCCACCUAGAAAACCUCUCUCCAGGUUUUAUGACCACUCUCAUCGCUCACCAAUAAAUGACAUAGAUGAUGUGCUUCCAAAAAUGACGGAGCCUAAUGGAAUAAAUGCAGUAACUUCACUUUACAUCCUGCAGCAAAAGGAUCCCUCCAUGGAUGACUCAUCCAGCAACAGUAUUGGAUCUCCUUCUGAACUUGACAACCCACCAUGUUACACCAGUUAUCCCAAGUACACCAGUUCUCUUACCAAGUCCCCUGGAUGCCCUGCCCGUUCCUCCCAUAGGUACACCUGAAAGCCUAUCACUCUCUACGUCAUAGCAA